GCUCUAGCUACGAAGUUUCCGUGAAGAAUUGUCCGUCAAUCUCCGCUCAUGGUGCCCUCCGGAAUCCUUGAGGUCGUUAGUCAAGCAAUAAAUUGCUACGGAUCAGCAAAAGAAUAAUCAUACCCUUCGCAUCUUUCGGCAAACACUCGCCGCCAAUAUUCGCCUCUUGCACGUCAGCCUCGGGAUGACCGUACGAUGAGGGUGAUAACCCUUGCUAAUGCUACAUCUCAGUGGAUGGAGGUCUGAUGCCUUGGGGGUUUUGGUUCCUUGGACGCUGGAGAGAGUGAGAGUGAGUGGGCGAGUAGGGGUCUGACAUGUUUAAUGACUUGGAGGCAAUAACUCGCCGACAUGGAGAGCAAAGAAAGCUAUAAAGAUCACUUUCUUCGCUGCUGCCGUUGGUUCAGCAUGAUCGAGGUCCAUUAGUUCCAUCUGCUUUUCUGGCCAUCAAGGCCUGUGUUGGACUGAACCGUUGUUUACAUUCUCUACCAAACUCCAUUGUAUAACCAUGGUGGCUUCAUCGUGGUUCACGGCGGGUAUAGGGGCUCUUGGCCUCUUGCUCUCUGCUGAUGGAGUCCUGGCUGCCAAACAACCGGCUUUCCGAUUCCCUUCGAGCCCAGCCUACCGCGAUGUAUGCCCUGAGCGAUGCAUCGUUUCCGGGCCAAACUCAGGCAACUGGUCUGUCUAUCCCAACUUCAAGCAGAUCAAAAAGUGCACUCAGACCAUGUUCUACGACUUCAACCUCUAUGACCAAGUCGACAAUCCCGACUCCAACUCCCGCAUCGCUGCUUGCACUUCGUUUGGUCCUGACUUCUCCUUGUUACCCCCCAACAACUCGGCCGCACGAAUUCCUUCCCUUGACCCUGUCAACGUUGAUUUCGAAGUCGGCUGGAAAGAGGAGGGUUUUGGCCUGGCUGCUGCCGGGCUCCGGUCUCUGAUCAAGCAAAUCCGCAAGUAUGUCGAAAAUGGACAUGGGGCCACUGAGGAACCCCUCAUCGUUUAUGCUCAGUCUGGUCAAGCCACUGUCGGUCUCUACAUCGGCCAAGGUCUGCAGAACCAAGGCCUUAGCGAGUCGGCCCUGAGUAUCUUGCAGGACAACCUCGACACUCUCAAUGUCUCGACACCUAGCCUGGCCAUGCAGCUUUGCGGCCCUGGCUACGACAGCGCCCAUACUUUUGGCGUUAUGCUUACCAGCAAUGCUACCUUUGCUCCCAUCCAAGACGCCAUCAAGACCUGGGCCAAUGCCACUUGCUUGUCCUUUGCGGGCUCCAAGAGUUUCGCCGGCGAGGCUGUAUUCACCACGCCGCUUCUGCCAACAAAUGGCACUGUUGGGUCGAACUCCACCAUCGGCUCCAACUCCACCAUCCAGGCUAGGGGACUCGGUCGCAGGUAUCACAGGGCUCUCCAUGCUCGUGCCGAGUGCAAGAGUGUGCAGGUCGAGUCUGGUGAUAGCUGUGCGUCACUGGCCACAAAGUGUGGUAUCUCGGGCGCUGACUUCACAAAGCUUCAUCCCGACUCCGACUUUUGCGCCAAGCUGAAGCCAAAGCAGCACGUCUGCUGCACCACCGGAGAUCUUCCUGAUUUUCGUCCCGUCCCCAACUCUGAUGGCUCUUGCUUCUCGUACCAGGUCAAGGCCAAUGACAAUUGCGCCAACCUUGGUGCCGAGUAUGGCCUGACCAACGAGGACAUUGAAGGCUUCAACAAGGACACCUGGGGCUGGAACGGCUGUGAGCUUCUGUUCAAGGACACCAUCAUGUGCUUGAGCAAGGGAUCCCCGCCUUUCCCCGCCCCGAUCGCCAACGCUGUGUGCGGCCCGCAAAAGCCGGGCUCCAAGCCGCCGACGGAUGGCUCCAAGAUUGCCGACAUGAACCCUUGCGCUCUCAACGCCUGCUGCAACGUCUGGGGCCAGUGCGGUAUCACCAAGGACUUUUGCGUUGACACCAACACCGGCGCUCCAGGGACUGCCAAGAACGGCACCUACGGCUGCAUCUCCAACUGCGGCACCGACAUUGUCAAGGGCGAUGGGUCCGGCGCCAUCAAGGUUGCCUACUUCGAAGCCUACAAUCUCGGCCGAGACUGCCUCUUCCAGGAUGCCUCGCAAAUCGACACCUCCCAGCACACCCACAUCCACUUUGCUUUUGGUACCUUGACCCCUGACUAUGAGGUCGAGGUCGGCGAUGUUCUGUCCUCUUAUCAGUUCCAGGAGUUUAAGCGUGUCAGGGGCGCCAAGCGUGUCGUGUCGUUUGGCGGCUGGGACUUUUCCACUAUGCCUGCCACCUACUCCAUCUUCCGCAAUGGUGUCACCUCCGCCAAUCGUCUCAAGAUGGCCACCAACAUUGCCAACUUUAUCAAGGAACACGAUCUCGACGGCGUUGAUAUCGACUGGGAAUACCCCGGAGCACCUGAUAUUCCUGGCAUCCCGGCCGCCAGCCUGGAUGAUGGCCCCAACUAUCUCGCCUUUCUCGUCAUUUUGAAGAACCUGCUACCUGGAAAAUCGAUCUCCAUCGCCGCCCCCUCCUCCUACUGGUAUCUAAAGCAGUACCCUCUCAAGCAGAUCGGCGCCGUAGUGGAUUAUAUUGUAUAUAUGAGCUAUGAUGGCCAUGGGCAAUGGGAUGCGGGUAAUCGAUUCUCUCAGGAGGGCUGUGACACCGGCAACUGCCUGCGCAGCCAGGUCAACCUGACGGAAACCAAGCAGUCGUUGGCCAUGAUCACCAAGGCCGGCGUUCCCGGAAGGAAGAUCAUCGUCGGCGUGACUAGCUACGGUCGCUCUUUCGAAAUGGCGCAGCCCGGCUGCUGGGGGCCCAGCUGCACUUUCACCGGUGACCGCACGAACUCAUACGCGAAGCCUGGUGUGUGCACCGGCACUGCGGGCUACAUUGCCGACGCCGAGAUUGCCGAGAUCAUGGCCGGAACCGGCUCGAAGCGUUCAGGCAGAGUUACGGCUAGCUUCGUCGAUGCAAGCAGCAAUAGCGACAUUCUUGUGUACGAUAACACCCAGUGGGUUGGCUAUAUGAGCGCUGCCACCAAGAAAUCCCGCGCAGCGCUUUACACGGCGUGGGGAAUGGGAGGCACCACGGACUGGGCCAGCGAUCUGCAAAAGUACAACGACGUUCCCUCGCCUGCCAAGGACUGGAACUCUUUCAAGCAAGCCAUCCGUGCCGGCUUGGACCCUAAGGGUGACGAUGGCGUUCGUGAUGGUAACUGGACCAAGUUGACCUGCGACAAUGACUACACCAUCAACUGGGACGACCAUACGCCUGAGGAGAUCUGGAAGAAGCUCAAUGCGGACGCUGCGUGGGACGAUGUCGUCAGGAACUGGAAAGACAACAACCGUGGCAGACCGGGCUUCAGCUUUAUGGACUCGGUUGGUCUUACCCUCGGCAUGGGAGCCGGAGGCACCGCGCAGUGCGGCACGCUGGGCAAGCACGACAAUUGCGACAAGACCGAGGAUUGUCCCGACAGUGCGAACGGGGACAGGUCUGGUCCUGCAGCGCAAUUGAUCUGGAACUCGCUGGUGUGGAUCCAUGAGGCUUACCAUGAGUACUACGACGCUUUGUACGACGUUGCUGGCAUCAUCAGCACGUCCCUUGAUAACAUGGAGGAUACAUUCGCUCCUAUUCCAGCGCCGCCUGACAACAAGUGGACGUAUCUACUAAUCGAUCUGAUCACUCUCGGAACACUCUCGGUUGCCGGCCCUUUUUUCAACACGCUGCUCAAGAACACCGCGUAUUUCAUCGAAAAGGAAGGUUCGGCUCUUGACAACCUCAAGGACACCACCUUGACCUUGAUCGGCCAGAGUACAACCAUCGCCAAGGACGUGCUACCCAGCAAAGACUCCCCCUGGACACCCGAGGCCCAAAACGAGUACUCCAACUACAUGGGCCAAGCCAUCGCCGGCUGGGCCAACGUCACCUCCCUCUCCCUCGAAAAGUUCUUCGAGGCCACCGACGACACGCUCGACGCCAUGGGCGAGCUCAUCUCGGACGGCAAGCUGAUCCGGGGCUCAACAGGCAACAACGUGAUCGACGGCUCCAACCAAUCCAACGACCUGCGCGCCAACCUUGCCAAGUCCUUCUACGCCUACGCCAUCCCCAACCUCUGGCGUUCCGCCAAGACGUACGCCUUUGUGCUCGACUCGGGCAUCUCGUGCAGCACCUCCAACCCGCUCGGCGAGUACCUCGAAGACGACACCAUGAAGGAUACGGGCGCCUGUGUCGACGGCACGUGGUACUACCUCGUGCACCCCGACGGCGACAGCAAGAAAUGCCAGUGCCAAAUCGUCGGCGACCACGGGCCCUGCCAGACCAUCUGCCGCGACAACAAGUUCUCCGCGCCGCCCGGCAUCGGCUCGCUCAGCAACUUUGGCGGUAUCUCCAAGGACGACUUGAUCACGGGCUCCGUCCGCACUUACAAGCAAAACGGCCAAAAGAACGGUGGUUCCUCCCCCGAUCCGCGCGACGGCGGCACCAUCGAUAACCUCCUCAAGGUCGACGUCACCACCCCCGGCUACGUCCGUCUGCCCGUCUGCUCCCCCGAGCGCGCCUUCCAGUCCUGGGACACCUCCAGCAAGGGAUCAUCCGACAAUUACCCGUGCGACAUCCCGCCUGGCAAGAACGACUGCGGCGACUCGAGCUUUGAGAACCAGACGUCGGACGCCAGCCCCAGCGUGGACGAUUGUCUGGCGAUCAUCAAGAACAUCCAGGGCGACGGCGGCACCGAGUGGACGACGCAGGUGGUGGGCAAGAACCAGCGCGAGAUUGCCAAGGCGGGGUCAUGCGCUUUUGGAGUGGAGGCGACCAAGGUGAAUGGAAACGUCAACUUUAAGGUGGGUGGCCAGGAUGUGAUUGAUAUUAUCAAUGAGGCGAUCAACAGGUUUGGGGGAGGGGGCAAGGUCGGCGCCAAGGGGGAUAUGAGUUGCAAUGGUAACGUUCAUGGGCAGGAUGUCAAGUGGGGGAUUUACUAGAUGGUCUAUGCUACUCAACGCAGUAGUAUAGGUCUGGGUGUUGAAGGUUUAUCUACGCACACUUGUGGUCUUUAUCACUUCUUUUCUUUCUUCUUUUCUUUCUUUGUAGGCUGUGUUAGUACCCUGGUAACUCAAUACCAUUUUCCCGUCUUC